AUAAGCAAGUGAAAAAAAAAACCGUGAUUAAUUUUUUGUAAUUAAUUAUUUUUGUUUUUAAAAUUAAAUCAUAAUUUAUUUUAUUUAAACAAUUUAAUUAAUAAAUUUAAUUAUUAUUACUUUUAAAAUUCCCUCUCUGCGAUUGCAUAAUACUUAGGUACCUAAUUAUUUAAGGUGCACUUUCAAUCGUGGUAAUAUUAAAAAAAAAUUUUUUUUAAAGAUUUUUAAUUUGUUCAUAUUUGUACAAAAUUUUUUAAAUUUGUUAAAUUUGAAAUUUUAAUAUUGUCAAAAGAAGUACAUAUUUCAAAACAAGCAACAAUAUGUCGUCUCUUACACAGGCAACAAUUGAGGAAAUGAGAGAUAUUGCAGCACGAAUUUGUCGUGAUUAUUUAACAGGACAAUGGAAAUCUAUAACAGCUAAAGAUAUUAAGUUAAAAAGAAUUAGUGGCGGUCUAUCAAAUUUCCUUUACCAUGUCAGCUUGCCGGAAACUAGCUGUGAUAAUAUUGUUUUAAGUAAUAAUAUCAAUAAUAAUAAUUCAAUACCAGUUAUGUCAGCUGAACAACUUGUUAAAUCAGCAGCUAAACGUAUUCGAAAGGAUAGUGGAAAUUGUAACAGUGAACCAAGAGAGGUAUUAUUAAGAAUUUAUGGACAAGUACAUGGAGAAAAUGCUCUUGAAACAAUGUUAACUGAAUCUGUAGUAUUUACAUUGUUAUCUGAACGUAAUUUAGGACCAAAAUUACAUGGUAUAUUCCCAGGUGGAAGAAUUGAACAAUAUAUACCAGCAAGAGCAUUGGCAACAUCUGAAUUAUCUAAUUAUAAAAUAUCAAUGAAGGUUGCUGAAAAAAUGGCUGAUAUACAUAGUUUAGAUAUACCUGUAUCAAAAGAACCUGAUUGGGUAUGGAAUAGUAUGAAUCGUUGGUUAAAAACAAUUGAAGCAAUAUUAAAAGAUAUUAAAGAAGAGCAAUUACCAGAACUCAAAUCAAAAAUUCAACGUAUCAAAUCAAUUAAUUUUAAAGAAGAAGUUUUAUGGAUUAAAACAAUUAUUGAAGAUGGUGAUUUUCCUGUUGUAUUUUGCCACAAUGAUUUACAAGAAGGCAAUAUAUUAUUAAAGGAACCUACAAUAUCAGCACGAAUUCGUACAACUAGUGAUAGUUUAAGUAAUGUUAUUGAAGAUUCAGGUACCGGAUCAAUUGAAAAUUUAACUAAAACUACAGAAUUCAAUUUAAAUAAUAAUAUUAAUGGAAAUUUAAGAAUAAAUAAUAUUGGAAAUACAAGGAAAAGAUCAUUACCAGCAUCAGAUAAUGAUUCAUUUAUAUGUGACUUGGACAAUACACGUGAUUCAUUUUCAAGUUGUGAUCCAAAUGAUUCGGUUGCCGAAUCUAAUAAUAAUAAUGAACCAGAUUUAAUAAUAAUCGAUUAUGAAUAUUGUGCAUAUAAUUACCGUGGUUUUGAUUUAGCUAAUCAUUUCUUAGAAUGGACUCUAGAUUAUACAAAUGAUAAAUAUCCAUAUUUUUAUCAUUUUAAAGAACAAUAUCCAAAUGAACAACAACAAAGAGACUUUAUUACAACAUAUUUACAAAAAAUCAAUCAAAAUUAUGAUUUAUCAUCAAUAACAACACAUUCAAGAUCAUCAUCAUCACAAAAUGUAGAUUUAAUAUCAGUAGAUGAACCAACAAAAGAGGAAAUUGAUGAAGUAUUAGAAGAAGUAAAAAUAUUUUCAAUGGUAUCACAUUUAUUCUGGUGUUUAUGGUCUGUUGUUAAUGUACAUCAAAAUAUUGAAUUUGGUUAUUGGGACUAUGCAAUAUGUCGACUAAAAGAAUAUGAAAAAGCCAAGAAGCAAUUUAGUACAACACAUUCCAAUAAGAAAAAUAAAAUAAAGCAUUAAAUUUUGAUUUUAUAUUAAAAAAACAAAACAACCACCAAUAUAUAAAACAAAAAUAAUCACAUAAUUACUAUUCAAGCAAACAAAUUUUCGAAAAAUUUGGUUUGGAAAGUAUUUUGAAAAUAUUUUUCAUAAUUAUGUGGGUUUUCAAAACGUGAAACCAUACAAAAUAGAAAAUCAUAAUCAAAAUUCAAUGUAUACACUUUUAAAAUUCCCAUAAUAUGUUACACUAAGCGUACAUAUUUCGUUGCAUGGGACUCAUAUGGGACUUUUUUUAAAAGACCUUUUUUUUUGUAUUAAAUCUUAUGAAGUGUGUAAACGGACAAAAUGGAACAGAAAGAAACGGAUGAAGAUAUUGAGAAAGUAUUUCGAUUUUUUUUUGUUUUAAGAAAUUCGUUACUGUACUGAGCUGAUCUUAUUUUACGAAGUGAAUUUAUUAUCUCAUAAUUUAUAAGAUUUAAAAAUUAUAUUAUAUACAUAAAAUUAAUUACAAAAAUAACAAAAAAAAAUAAUAAUAAAUAAUAAAUUGUAAUUAUAUUUAAUAUUUUAAAUUAAAAAAAAAAAAUCAAAAACGAAAAAAAAAAAAACAUUUUUAUUUACCUUGUUAUCCUUACCACAUGAAAUUUAAAAUUUAAACUUUUCAAAGUAAUUGACAAAAUAAGAAUUUUGAAAACCAGUACUUAUUGGUAUUUAAGUAAAUUAAGUUAAAAACAAAUGUACACAUAAAAAUCAUGAAAUUUUUUUUCAAAAUAUAAAAUUAAUAUGUAAAUACGAUUAUUAUUUGUGUUCUUUACGAAAUCUACAUUUGUAUAGUUAAGUGUACUUAAGUGAAUUGAAAAAACACUUAUUCCUAGCGCAAAUUUUUUGAAAGAAUAUUACUUAAAUAGAGAUAUUUAAAGACAGGAAUAUCUAUAUAGUGCUGAAUGUACGAAUUUAUUGAAUACUAAAUAUAAAUUAUUAUAUAAAUAAAUAUAGUGAUAAAUAAAUAUAUUAUAUAACCACUUUUUUUUGUAUUUAAAAUUGUAUCGCCACAAAUUUUAUUUGUUAAUAAAGUAUUUUUUAUUAACUAAUAAUUAAAAAAUAAAAUAUAAUAGAAUUCAGUUGAAGUUCUUCAAUUUGAAGAGCUCAUAUUUAGCAAAAUUUGCUAUAUAAUUUAAUUUAAAUGAAUGUGCAUACCUACAUUAUACAAUGUAUUUAAAAAGAAUUUUACUUUAUUAAAAAAUAAAAAUUCAUUUUAACAAUAUAUUAUUUGAGUUUAAAUAAACACUUCAGUAUUUGUACUG